AUGUCGAUUCUAUCGAAAGGUGAUUCUAUUCACAUCAGAGAAGUAUGGAAUGAUAAUCUUGACGAAGAGUUUGCAUUAAUUCGUGAUAUUGUUGAUCGGUUCAAUUAUAUUGCUAUGGACACUGAGUUUCCCAAUAUUGUACUUCGCCCUGUGGGAAAUUUCAAGAACAUUAAUGACUAUAAUUACCAGACUCUGAAAGACAAUGUUGAUAUGUUGAAAUUGAUUCAAUUGGGUCUCACAUUCUCUGACGAGGAUGGGAACCUUCCAACUUGCGGAACUGAUAAGUUUUGCAUUUGGCAAUUCAAUUUUCGUGAGUUCGACAUAAGCGAAGAUGUCUUUGCUAGUGAUUCGAUUGAGUUCACUACUUGGUGUGUUUCAGAGAUCAAAUUAGCAAGUGACAGAAUUACAUUUUGCUACGGCAUACUGUGA